UCCACAAUCCACUUCCCCCCAACUCAACAGAUAUCAUCAGAAAAACCGACAUCCCCAAAGCAUCAACAUUAAUUUCUCCGAGCAAGCUUGGCAAUGGAAGCCAGAAAAAUGGGGGCGAGUGGUGUUGUUCUGGUAGUGGUGGCCAUGACAGUGCUAUGGGCGGGAGCGGGGGCUCAGUCGUCGGAUUGCAGCAAUGUACUGAUCAGCCUGUCGCCGUGCCUCAACUACAUCACCGGAAACUCGUCGACGCCGUCUUCAAGGUGCUGCUCGCAGCUGGGCAGCGUGGUCCGCUCGCAGCCGCAGUGCCUCUGCCAGGUCCUCAACGGCGGCGCCUCGGCGCUUGGGAUCAACGUCAAUCAAACUCUGGCGCUGGCACUACCUGGCGCUUGCCGUCUUCAAACUCCCCCCAUCAGCCGUUGCAACGCCAAUUCUCCGGCGGACAGUCCGGCGGAAACACCAGAAUCUCCAAGCGAGGAGCCCGCCGGAGGAGGCUCAAAAACUGUGCCAACAACAGAAGAUGGGACAUCAAAUGGAAGCUCAAUCUUCUUCUCCAAAUCUCUGCUCUUCAUCGCUCUCCUUUUAGUUACAGCAUCUAUGAAUUUAUGAUCAAUUUUUUUUUCCUUCUUUUCAACCGUUAGUUCGUGUGAGUUUUCAUGAGUAGAUGGUUUUUGGUUUACUUUUUUGUUUGUAAUAUUUAUUUGGAUACAUGUUUGUUGGUUUUGGAUUGAGAGUGAAUGAGCUGCUAGAGUUUUUGGUGCCAUUGUUACCAAUAUUAAUAGACUAAAAAUAGAGGUCAUUGUUUGAAUUA